AAAGAAAGGAAGGAAAAGUAGGGAAAAGGAGAGAUUUGAGUGAGCCAAAUGUAGGCGAUGGAAACAGAGUUGAAGUAGCUCAAAUCUCCCAACGAACGCCUCGUCCUCUCCGCCCUUUUUCUCUUAAACUUCUCUUCCAAAUCUCCACACACACUUCUCUCUAACAGAUCUUCUCCAUUUCUCCAAUGGCAUCCCCCUUCCUUUCUCGAGCUGCUCUCUCCAGCAACACCACCUCCGUUCCAUUUUCAUUCUCUUAUUCAGUCUCUUCUCGCCUCCCAUGGAGCUCUUCUCGUUCACACACCUCAGUUCCCGCUAAUUAUCGUCGGAGGCUUCCCGUCAUUCAAUCCAAGAUUAGGGAGAUUUUCAUGCCUGCCCUUAGCUCCACCAUGACCGAGGGCAAGAUCGUUUCGUGGGUCAAAUCCGAAGGGGACGUUCUAUCCAAAGGCGAGAGCGUUGUCGUUGUGGAGUCUGAUAAGGCCGACAUGGAUGUUGAGACUUUCUAUGACGGAAUUCUCGCUGCUAUUGUUGUUGGAGAGGGUGAAACUGCUCCUGUUGGAGCUCCGAUUGGUUUAUUGGCUGAGACUGAAGAGGAAGUUGCUGAGGCUAAGGCUAAAGCUGCGUCUAAAUCCACUUCGGCUCCUGCAGCUCCUGCGGCUGCUGUUUCUCCCUCUCCUCCCCCUCCCUCUUCGAGUCCUGCUCCGGCAAUAUCUCAGUCAUCGCCUCCGUCGGACGGGCCCAAGAAGAUCGUGGCUACUCCUCAGGCGAAGAAGCUAGCUAAACAGCAUAAGGUGGAUAUUGGAUCGGUAACUGGUACUGGUCCAUUCGGUCGAAUUACUCCCGCGGAUGUGGAGGCUGCCGCUGGAAUUGCCCCUUCGAAGCCUGCUGUAAGCAAUGUAGCUUCACCCGUGGCUGCUGAGGCUGCCGCGGUUCCAUCGAAAGCUUCUGCAGCUCCUUCCAACUUGCCUCCUCCAGUUCCAGGCUCGACUGUUGUGCCAUUCACGACAAUGCAGGCGGCGGUGUCUAAGAAUAUGGUGGAGAGUCUCUCUGUUCCUACAUUCAGAGUUGGUUAUCCGGUGUCCACUGAUGCUUUGGAUGCCCUCUAUGAGAAGGUGAAACCAAAGGGUGUCACAAUGACUGCCCUCUUGGCCAAGGCUGCUGCAAUGGCCCUCGCUCAGCAUCCUGUUGUAAAUGCAAGCUGUAAAGACGGGAAAAGUUUUACGUAUAAUAGCAACAUUAAUAUUGCAGUAGCCGUGGCUAUCAACGGUGGGUUGAUAACACCUGUUCUUCAGGAUGCAGAUAAGUUGGACCUCUACCUGCUGUCUCAAAAAUGGAAAGAAUUGGUUGAGAAAGCUAGAUCCAAGCAGCUUCAGCCCCAUGAAUACAAUUCAGGAACUUUUACACUUUCCAAUCUGGGGAUGUUUGGAGUGGACAAGUUCGAUGCUAUACUUCCUCCUGGCCAGGGAGCUAUCAUGGCCGUUGGAGCAUCAAAGCCUACUGUUGUCACUGAUGCUGAUGGCUUUUUCAGCGUGAAAAGUAAAAUGUUGGUGAAUGUGACUGCUGAUCACCGAAUAGUUUAUGGUGCUGACUUGGCUGCCUUCCUUCAGACCUUCGCAAAGAUAGUUGAGAAUCCAGAAAGCCUGACCUUGUAGAAAGUCUUCAUUUGCAUAUUUCAUGAUCAAUUAAAACUUGACUGCAGGAGGAAUGAAAAACAAAAGUCCUUUUGUUUUUGUUUUUUGUUUUUUGUUCUUUUUUGGCCACGGAAUGAUGGAAGCUUAAGUUAAAUAGAGUCCCAGAGGAAUCCCUUUUGUGCAUGAGGUCCUAUUGAUACUUUAUUUUGAUAGAUACUUCAUAUUUAUUUUCUAUUUCUAAAAGAUUUGAAGAGUAAUAAUGAGUUGAUUUACUUUUUCUAAA